CCGGGCAGAUUCGACUCAGGUGCAGAGUCCCCGGCGUCCGGCGCGGGCGUGCGGGUCCCUGACGCCUGCCUGUUCGUGCCUCCGCUUUGUCGCUCCCAGCUUGUCUGUCUGUCUUCAGGGUGCACCCUCCUCCUGGUCCGGGGUUGCACCUCGACUCUGGGUUUGGCUUGAUUUGCAGCCGGAGCGUCGCCUCCAGACUGAGAGUGGCACGAGCUCCCGGGCAGCGGCCUCUUCGGUCUCCUCUCCUCGGCCGCCCCUGGGUUUCCAAGGGGUCCGAGCAGCCCCUAGGCUACCAUGUCUGCAGCCUGGAUCCCGGUUCUCUGCCUUGGUGUCUGUCUGCUGCUGCUGCUUCCAGAGACCGCGGGCAGCGAGGGAGCCGUUCCCAUCGCUAUCACAUGCUUUACCAGAGGCCUGGACAUCAGGAAAGAAAAAGCAGAUGUGCUCUGUCCAGGGGGUUGCCCUCUGGAGGAAUUCUCCGUGUUUGGGAACAUAGUAUAUGCUUCUGUAUCAAGCAUAUGUGGUGCCGCCAUCCACAGGGGGGUAAUCAGCAACUCAGGGGGACCCGUAAGAAUCUAUAGCCUACCAGGUCGAGAAAACUAUUCCUCAGUAGUUGCCAAUGGCAUCCAGUCUCAGACGCUUUCCAGAUGGUCUGCUUCUUUCACAGUGACAAAAGGCAAAAGUGGUACCCAGGAAGCCACAGGACAAGCAGUGUCCACAGCACGUCCAGCAAUAGGUAAACGACUAAAGAAAACACCGGAGAAGAAAACUGGCAAUAAGGACUGUAAAGCAGACAUUGCAUUUCUGAUCGAUGGAAGUUUUAAUAUCGGGCAACGCCGAUUUAAUCUACAGAAGAAUUUUGUUGGGAAAGUGGCUCUAAUGUUAGGAAUUGGAACAGAAGGACCACACGUGGGCCUUGUUCAAGCCAGUGAACAUCCCAAAAUAGAAUUUUACUUGAAAAACUUUACAUCAGCCAAAGAUGUUUUGUUUGCCAUAAAGGAAGUAGGUUUCAGAGGGGGUAAUACCAAUACAGGAAAAGCCUUGAAGCACACCGCCCAGAAAUUCUUCACAGCAGACACUGGAGCGAGAAAAGGGAUUCCCAAAGUGGUGGUGGUAUUCAUUGAUGGCUGGCCUUCUGAUGACAUUGAGGAAGCAGGCAUUGUGGCCAGAGAGUUUGGUGUCAAUGUAUUUAUAGUUUCUGUGGCUAAGCCUAUCCCUGAGGAACUGGGAAUGGUUCAGGAUGUUGCAUUUGUUGACAAGGCUGUCUGUCGGAGUAAUGGCUUCUUCUCUUACUACAUGCCCAAUUGGUUUGGCACCACAAAAUACGUAAAACCUCUGGUACAGAAGCUCUGCACUCAUGAGCAAAUGGUGUGCAGCAAGACCUGUUAUAACUCAGUGAACAUUGCCUUUCUAAUUGAUGGCUCCAGUAGUGUUGGAGAAAGUAAUUUCCGCCUCAUUCUUGAAUUUGUUUCCAACAUAGCUAAGAUUUUUGAAAUCUCAGACAUUGGUGCCAAGAUAGCUGCCGUACAGUUCACCUACGAUCAGCGCACAGAAUUCAGUUUCACUGACUAUAGCACCAAAGAGAAUGUCCUAGCCGUUAUCAGAAGCAUCCGCUAUAUGAGUGGUGGGACAGCUACUGGUGAUGCCAUUUCCUUUACUGUUAGAAAUGUGUUUGGUCCCAUGAGGGACAGCCCCAACAAGAACUUCCUGGUAAUUGUCACAGAUGGGCAGUCCUAUGAUGAUGUUCGAGGGCCUGCUGCUGCUGCACAUGAUGCAGGUAUCACCAUCUUCUCUGUUGGUGUGGCUUGGGCACCUCUGGAUGACCUGAAAGAUAUGGCCUCUAAACCAAAGGAGUCGCAUGUUUUCUUCACAAGAGAGUUCACAGGAUUAGAACCAAUUGUUUCUGAUGUCAUCAGAGGCAUCUGUAGAGAUUUCUUAGAAUCCCAGCAAUAAUGGUGACAUUUUGACAACUGAAAGAAAAAGUGCAAGGGGAUGUAUAAGUUGUUUUUAGUAAUACUGAAAUACUAUAUAGCAUACUAAGAUCAGACACAAAACUAUUAUACUAAAGAUGGCAAAAAUGUAAGCAAGUAAGCAUUCAUUUAAAGCUGCCUUCUAAUUACAGUUCAGACUCCAUUGUUCAAAACACUCUGCUGAGGCUUCAUAAUCACGAACCUUAGAAACUCAGGAAAGAGGAGAUACCGUAGAUUAUAAUUUUAAGAGUUCUAUUUUAACAUGCAUAUUAAAUGUAUAGAUAUGCAAAUUCUAUAGUUCAAUAAAAGCAGCUGAUAUUUAGACCAAAAGCAA